AUGCACGGAGGAUAUGCUCACUACGUUCCCCCGGGUUCGGAUACCUGUCGUCUAUGUUUAUGUGAUAAUGGCCAUCCUAAGGCUUGCAAGGCGGUACUCUGCUCACCGCCCCAUGAUUGUAAAUCUUUUCAGAUAGGUAGUUCAUGUUGUGAGUUCAUCUGUUUGGAUGAUACUUUGGCCAAUACGACCGAUAAAAACUAUGAUGUCGGCAUGUGACUAGUGGCCACCGGAGUGAUCAUCAUGUUUUCGUUAACCUUGCUAUUCUUCGUCAUUAGUCGAUUGAGACAUCGCAAGACCCGCGCCCAAGAAGUUCGAGAAACGAUUAAUGAUCCAACGCAACGAAACCUGGUUAGCAAUGUCGGUUAUAUUGGAGGAAGCAUUGGCUACCUUGGCAGUGGUACCAUGAACAUGGACUAUUCAUACGUUGACCAUUCUGUUGCUCCGCACUACCAACUCUGGAAACCUCCUGGUGCAUAUUACACAAGAGGAGAAGCCCCACCCCCAUAUGAAGAGGCAAUAGCAAUCGCUCAUGCGGAAUCCUUGAGCUCAUGUACCGUUAGUGUCGCUACAUCAACAGGACGAAAUUUUCCUCUUGGAAUUGGUCAGGAAACAGACAAUGUAUCAAACAUUACAUCUAAUACUACAAAUUUAAUCAACAUCAAUAUAAAUGGCAACUCUGGAACGGGAGCUAGCAUUGCCGAUAUGGGCAGUGUCGAUGGUAGCAUUGGAGGACGCAGUGUGGCAACUAUCACUAACGAAGAUCCUCAAUUUUUGAGCUCUAGUAUUAAUGCUGGUAUUACCAAUGGGCGUAUGACAAGUUCAGAUAGAAGCACUGGUGAAGCAAAUGAUGAUGCGGUUAUGCAUUUGUAUAACCAUUCUGGAUUAAAUCGGGUGAAUAACAACGAUGUGGUUGAAAAUUCCGACGGCGGCCCCGAUGAUAACAGAAUUGUCAGUGCUAAUCAGCACUGUAACGCAAGUAAUACGAUGACGUACGAUAACACCGGGAUGGAGUUGUGCAUGAACUCUAGCUGCGAGUUGAACAUGAAUGCACGGCAAUGUAACUUCACUCAGCAUCAUACCACCGAUGCUGGUAUGAACACAGUAGUUUUACCAAGCUCAACGCACCCGGGCGUCAUUGUUAAUGAUAAUCGUUGUACAACGGUGCGCAAAUCGAUACGCCAAUCGAUAGGAGUUGACAAAUUUCUUGAUUCCGUUCACCACCGCCAUCGCCAGCAUAACCUUAUGGGGAAUGGCGGUGGUGUCAAUACGCACAUGGUAAACAUUAAUCCGGCGGUCGUUGCACAACCAUCGAUUCAAUCCGUCCCAGUGCCGGUAAUGUUUACUGAUGAUAUGAUAAACGAUGGUAAUAUUAGUCUUAACACUUGCCUGGAUGAAGGCGCGGAUGGCGAGAUUAAGAAUCGUUUGACGGGGAAGAAACAUCAUCGCACAAUACCCCGCCAAUUUUCCGUAGUUGAUCCUAUCAAUAAUCCUAUUAAAUCAAACAGCAAUUUCAUGAUGGCUGUUGCAGCUAGCGCCACUACUGCAACGUCCACACCGUACUCUGUAGUUCAGCACGACCGUAUGUCGGGAGACAUAGUGGGACAACAAGGUGCGAUACGGUUGUCGGCGCAAGUGGGAAUACCCGCACCGACAGGUGGCUUAACACCUGUAACUCCUGCAGGAUCAACAAUAGUAACAAAUCGAAAGACUUGUCACUGCCCAGUACAGCAUAAAGCUUUACCCGGCUACCAAUCGACUGCCACGGCAACGACAAUGGGGACAACUUCCACCUCCAGUGAGGGUGGUAUACGGAAUUUUCGCACAACUAACGCGGACCUGCUUCAUAAUCGGAGUGAUACUCGUAGUAAACGUGCAUUAAUUAGUGGCGACCAUUUGACUGUUGUUAAUAAAAGAAGUGCUAAAUUUGGCGAAAAUAGUUCCGCUAAUGUGUCUAGCCAAACAAAAGGUGUAACCUUGACUGCUGAUACGAAACAAUUAGCUCAGCGAUACCACGAUAAGGACUAUCUUAAAGCGAUAUCAUCGUACGCCGAAAGCGGAGGAUCUGGUGAACCCGGUGGAAGCUUGACUAAAACAAAGCAUCAACAAAGCAUGUAUCGUCAUCAACAGCAUGUGGCUGUGAAUGAACCCAAUCCACACAUUAGUGGAAUGGAACGCAAAGUAGGAGCUCCAGCGACAUCCGACGAGCGGCCACCAGCACGAUUGCAUGCUAGUGGUUUACCGGAUAAUCAAGAACAAUCGAAUUCAAUGCACAAAAAAAUGGUGAUAACGACAACGUCUGACGGUAACGAAGGAUUAUUGUUGAACCCUAUUCUUCCUCCAAAGGUCAAGAAACAACAGCAGCAUCAUGUGAACCAAACUCACGUGAAAAAUAUAUCAACCGGAAGCUCGCAGCAACAGCGCUGUAAUGGCUUGGCGCAUCAUAAGAUGGCCACCGUGGCGGAUAAUGCUAACACCCGUGAGGGAUAUAACUGGGCCAGCAACGGAACUAGUGGAGCCAAAUUGAGUGAGCUUCGCAAGUCUCCCGGCCAUAAUAAUCAUGAUAUUGAUAUGUUAAAGGUGUGCAGCUCUAAUGGCUUUUCAAAUUCGCUACCCCGGCAAUCUGUUUUUUCCACGCGAAGCUGCGAAAGAAAGCAACGACACGAUAAUGUAAUAGCGUCUAAUGGGGGUAGGAGUAUAAAAUCGAAUCAAUCUUCAGGUCACGACGAAACUGCCAGCAAAGGGCUGCUAUUGCAAGAAAAAACCCAUUAUGAUAGUAAUACUCUCCCCAAAAAUAGCUCGCUAAGUAAUGGGCGUAAAACGAGCCUCGUUACGGAAGCGGUCAAUCACAUACCAUCUGUUAUAAACAUUCCCGUUGACUCACAAGCUACGAUGGCUUUCGUUAACCCUAGUUCCACACAUGAUUUACUGGCUAACGAUAACUCCAGGAGCAUAAAUCCCACCAUGUCAUUUGAAAGAUGCCAUCAAUCGGUGUUGUACAAUACAACGAAAAGCUCGUCAGUAACCGUUGCACCGGGGGCGGAUGUUGGUGGCACUGGAAGCGAGGACGUUGGAGGGACCAACUUCAAUGCCAAGCACCAACCGAUACUUCUCUCAUUGCCGGUACUGUUGACGACGAUCACAAAUUGUGCGAACCCAAGAGAACAUGUACUACCGAACGACAACAGUCUUGAUGACGACUAUUUAAGCGAAUGCGAGAACUGCAAAUCAUCCGGCAACACUAUGCGAUACUACAUGGAUCAGCAGGAUAACAGUAAAACUGGCGUUCCCAUACAGGAAACUAUGACGUUGCAGAGAAAAAUGCCCGAUCCUGCUGAGGAGGAGCAGCAAAACUACUAUCGAGUGUCUUCUACUCUACCAACAAGCACUAGCAAACGGACUGCGCCGAUCGUUAACAAAGAUCGUGUUGCAUGGUUUUCAACUAUACCGGCGAGUUCAUCCUCGGAAGAUGAGGAGGCGUGCGAGUAAACUAACUUAAGCGAUUCUCGCGGCAACUGUGUAGAUGAUAACCAACGAACUCUGGCACAAAAAAAUUCAUCUUCUACAUUUAUAAAAAAGAACUAGCUAAAUUGUGUGUGACAAUUUUCAGAUUAGAAUUAAUACUCAGAAACCAAUAGAAUAAUGUUGGAAAAUUUAGUACAGGAUUUUAAAUGAAUAAGAAAGAAACCAAUAUUGUACGAAAGCAGUAUUAUUUUUGAGCGUAGAGAUAGGUUUCCGUAAAUUCCAAACCGCAUUUGUCACACUUCAUUAAAUCCUGACAAAUUGAUGUAUGUCUAUUUUUAUCUGAAUUCUUGCUCAUGGAAACAGGUAAAUAAAUUAUAAUGCGACGAACUUAGACAAAUCGAGUUCAAAGUGUUUUUUCAAGUUGUCAAUUUUGUUCUCAAUGUUUCAAAAAAGUGAUAUAUUUGUAAUU